AUGCUGGAAGCGAGAGCAAUCGAAUUGUUUACCAUUGUCGGUGAUGAUUGCGUUCAGAAGGACGAAUCGGUAGAUGAUGCUUUUCCAUACGAAGUGCUCAAUUUCUGCGGCGGUGAUCGUAGCAAGAGCUUCAGCUUCGACCCACUUUGUAAAGUAGUCUAUUGCGACGACUACGAAUUUGAGUUGGCCCUUCCCCUACGGCAUAGGGCCGAUGAGGUCCAAUCCCCACUGUACGAACGGCCAAGGACUGACCAUUUGGGUGAGAGGUUCCGUUGGCUGGUUUGGAAUUAA